AUGACUAGACUACUUGAAUUGUGCAUAGUUUUUCUCUUACUUGAAAUCAUUUUAAAACAUGUAUCGAGUCAAACACUAUACAAUUGUUCAUUAACUAGUCCGUGUGGAUGUUCAGCUAGUCCAACGUUGCUAACAAAAAUUAUCGGAGGAGAACCAGCUGCCGAUCAAACAUGGGGGUGGGCUGCAUCUCUACGUUAUUCAUCCAGUGGUUCACAUUUUUGUGGUGGCUCAAUUAUAUCUCGAUCACAUAUUCUUACUGCUGCUCAUUGCACUAUACGAUUAGCAUCGGCUGCUUCCAUUCUUGUCUAUGUAGGAUCCAUAUAUUUAUAUGGACCAGCUCAAGUACAUUCUGUUUCAAAAAUCUAUAUUCAUCCGAAUUAUUCUUCAACUAAUUAUGUCAAUGAUAUAUCUAUCCUUAAAUUAUCGUCUUUAGUGAAUUUUGAUCAAGUUGGCGUUGAUAUUGUUUGUUUACCAAAUGUAUCAUCGAUUGUACUUGCUAGUGAAGAGUACCCACCACCUGAUACUGAUCUUAUUGCUAUUGGUUGGGGCUAUACAGUACUAGGAAGUAAUCAAGUGUCUUCUAUACUUCAACAAGUAACAAUCAAAUCAGUAGCUGCAACUAGUACUUACUGCCGAUUUGUACGUAGUGUUGAUUCAUAUACACAAAUGUGUGCUGGAAUAAUGCCUCAAGGUGGUAAAGAUACUUGUCAAGGCGAUAGUGGAGGUCCAUUAUUAAUGUUUACUUCGAAUAAUGUUUGGGAACAAGUCGGAAUAACUUCAAAUGGUAUUGGAUGUGCACAGCGAAAUCUUCCUGGAAUUUAUACACGAGUUGCAGCUUUUCAAUCAUGGAUAAAUAAAACUGUUAAUAGUGCUAAGCAUAUGUCGUUUAUUCUCAAUAGGAUUUCAAUACCAAUUAUUUUACUAAUUUAUUCUAUUAUCAAUCGAUAUUAA